AUGAAUAAUCCAUCCUUCAUAGUUCUUUCAUUAAAGAUGAAGAGAGAGUUGAUGGAUAAUUUCAUCAUGGUGUUACCGGGAGACUUACAACUAUCUCCUCCUUCUGUUUCGACAACAACGACCAAUAGUACUAGUGAUAAUAAUAAUAAUCAAAAUGAUGAUGAAAAUAAUAUAAAUUAUAGUAUAAAGCAAUUAAUCAUUAAUCAUACAAAACAACAAACAACAACUACACCUACACCAACUCCAGCUCCAACACCAAUUCCAAUAGUUUCGAGUAAUCCACUUAGAAGAUUAUCAAUAUUAAGAUCAAAUAAUAAUAUAACAAAUAUAUUAAAUAGCAAUAAUAAUAAUAAUAAUAAUAAGAAUAAUAACAAUACUAAUACCAAUACCAAUACUAAUAAUAAUGUAAAAAAGAUGACAGAUGUAGUAAUUCAACAACCAAUAGCAACUACAACUGGAACAUCAGUCACCAAUAAUAAUAAUAAUAAUCCAUUAGAUACAAAUAAUUUAGAUGUACCAACAUCAUCAUGGUUUUCAUCAUUAUUCUCAAAUAUUACAAAAAGAAAGAAAUCAAACUAUGAAAAUGAAAUGGAUGCUUUUAAAGAUGCCCUAUUAUUUGUUAGACCAAUUAAUAAUGAAGAGGGUAUCCUUGUACAUAAAUUAGACAAAUCAAAGAAAUAUAUUCACUCUCUAGGCAAUCUAGAUAUUGGUUUUGUAUAUCUAACUGAAAAAGAUACUACUCUACUACGUCAAAAUGAAGAUCAAGUAACACUUGCCAACAAAUUGAUUAUUCAAUGUAAAUCAUUUAAAAGAUAUUCAAUCACUGGUAUUUUACAACAAGAUAUUGUUACAAUGGCAUUGGAAAAUUUUACCAAGAGAAAGAUUACUCAAGGAAUGUUAUUUAUCGAAGAGGAUGGACAAUUGUGUAGAAUAUUCUAUCGUAUGAAUGACCUUAUUAUGAAUACUGUCUAUGCCAGUCAUGAUGAUACAGUACUUUUACAAAGAUUACCAAAUGGUGAAGUUAGAUUUAGAUUUGAAGGAACUCAUAGUCAUUAUCAAAUUGAACAAUCUAUUAUUGCUCAAAAUGAACCAUCGAAUCCAAAGGAUUGGAAAAGAAUUACAGUACUUCGUGAACAAUACCAUCACUCUAAACAACCAACUCCACCAUCUGAAAGUAUAACAACUAAAUUCUUAAACAAAUUUCAAUCAAGAUCUAAAAAUGAACAAAAAGAAUUAAAACAAAAAAGGGAAUCAACUAUAAACAAAUUAAAGAGUAGAAUGAAUAUUAAUUUAAAUUGGGAAUGGAAUAAAGAGGAAACAGUCGAUAGUGAGGAUGACAGUGAUAGUGAUAAUGGUGAAGAUGACAAGGAGAAUGUAGUUCCACCAAAUAAUCUAAUGUCAUCGUUGGUGACAAAGGUUCGUGAAAGAAUUUCAAGAAUAUCAGCAGCUGAUAAACCAACUACUAUUACUCCAAAGGUUACAACUUCUGCUUCAUCUUAUAUUGUUACACCACCAGUUAAUAUGCAGCCGGUAUCUGUGUCUGCUGCACCAACGACAGAAGAGACUGUUUUGAUGGUACCUGCGCCACCUGCACCACCAGCACCACCUCCACCACCUCCACCAGCACCACCAGCUCCACCAAUCAACAAAUUACUAAGAGUCAACAAAAAAAACAUCAAUGAAAAAAAGAUGAGACAGUUGCAUUGGAGUGUUGUUCCAAAAGACAAGUUAAAAGAGUCAUUGUGGGACUCGCUUUCACCAGUCAAGUCAAAUGAACGUGACCAAAGUCUGGUAGAGUCAUGGUUCUCAUUGUCGCCAUUACCAAAGACUCAAAAGAGUCUGAUUGGACAGUCGGACAACACUGGCACUGACUCGACUACCGCUACGACUGCAGCCAAACCAGUCGCAGUACAGUUACUAGACCUAAGACGUGCCAACAAUGCCUGCAUUCUAUUGUCCCAAUUCAAAUUAUCGUUUUCUGCUAUUCGCGAAGCCAUCAUCUCGUAUGAUGAGAGCAAGUUGUCGGUUGAGCAGUUGAUUGCCCUCGACGCAAUGCUUCCAAUCACCGAGGAAGAGUCGAUUGCACUGAGUAGUUUUAGCGGGGACCGAAAUACUCUUGGAACAGCCGAACGAUUCUUUUUCGAGGUGAUGGAUAUUACACGUCUACAGGCUCGUAUCCAAACCUAUCUAUUCCGUGCUGAAAUUGACACUCAAAUGGUUGAUAUUGAGAGAUCGGUUGGUGCCAUUGCAACGACACUGCAACAACUCAAAGACUCUGGAAAACUUGUACAAAUACUCAAAAUCAUCUUGCAUGUUGGUACUAUACUCAAUCGUGGUACCUACUUGAAUGGACGUGGUUUCCGUAUGGACAGUCUUGCCAAGUUAUCAGAGACCAAGAGUAAAGAUCAGAAACACUCGGUCAUUGAUUUUAUCGAAACCUAUGUUAGACAGAAUCGACCAGAGUUGAUGGAUUUUGCAACCGAGUUUGGUAGUCUAGAGGCAACUGCCGGAGGUGCACCACUAGAGACUAUUGUUGAAGAUGUCGAGUCGUUGGCUAUCCGUAUGGCACAGGUUAAAGAGGAACUAGAGUACCAUGCAGAGCAUCCAGCAGCCUCUGAACUAGACAAUUAUACCCGUGUCAUGCAGCCAUUCUACCAAGACAGACUACAAACCAUCAUCAAGUUGCAACACAGUCUAACAGCCGUACAAAAGCAGUUCCAAGAGUUGUUGGUCUACUUUGGUGAGGAUAGUACCAAUACCUCCAAAGAAUUCUUUACCAAUAUCCUAAAGUUUGUGGUUGCAUUUAAAAAGAUAUCAAUUCUACAUGACCAACAAUUGGCAAGACAAAGUAAAACUUCCUCCUCCUCUAAAUUGAAGAAGAAUACUCCAACCAAAGUUCAAAAAAAGGUUGAAGCUGCCAUUAAAGUUGAACUUGAAUUAAAUCAAUUAUUACAACAAAAGGAAAAUGAUUUGGUUGAAUCAAAAGUAGUAGUAGUUGAAAAGGAAAAGGAAGAGGAAAAGGAAAAGGAAAAUGAAUCAUCAUCAUUAUCAACAUCCACGAUUAUUAAUUUGGAUGAAUUACAAAAACAAGUUGAAGAAAUUCAAAUAUCAACAACAACAAUGAUGGAAAAUGAAUCAAAUAGUUUUGAUUUAAUUGUUAAAAAGGAUGGUGAUAUGGAUCAAAAUGCAUUGGAAAGAUGUAAUCAAUUAGAAGAACAACAACAACAACAAAAUAUUAUUAACAUUUAA